AUGAAAGCGAACGGAUCGCGUCGCGAGGAGCGGGAGGAAAAAAUAUCACGGAAAAAUCAGGUGCGUCCCCCGGUCGGUGCCGAGAGAAAAACAGUCGGGCGUCGCGUUGGGCGGGGGGGCGGCGUGGGGUGGGGGUGGCGGUCGAUGCGGGGCGGGCCGUGCGCGCGCUGGCUGGCGUGGGGCGCGUGGGGACUCUCCGCUCGCGCUCACUCGGCCGCGCCGCUCCUCUCGCGCCGACGCCGGCCGCGCCGCGCGUUCUCGUCACGUGUACGCCUCGACUUUACAUGUCCAAAGUGCUCAAGUCAGUGCUCCCGAUCGCAACCGCGCGAGUGCUCCUGCAGCCGAUCUCCGAGCCGGACCCGAACCUCACGCCGCUCAGGGUUAGUAGCCGAGCGUCUUCGCGUCUGUGAUUUGCUUCUUCCUUGUGAUCGAUUGCGCGUUGCGAAAAGUUUAUUUCGGGAGCGUAAAGUUUGUCGAGUGAAGUGCGCGCCUCAAAUGCACUUCGCGGGACCACGAGUGGCCGCCGUCGGCCGCGAGGCGCCGUCGUGUCGCUCUCCGUUCGCUUUCGACCCCCGA